AUGAACGAUGCGACGACUUCCCUGCUCACAGAGCACUUCAGCUAUACCCCCUUGUCGCUUAUCGAUGACAUUAUCAAUUCGAUCAACAAUCUGAUUUACCAGGCCAUUUCAAGUUUGGAGACUGGCUUGCUUGCGACACCGCCCGAGCGCUUGGGGUUCGGUCAUGCGAGUAACGGCUCGACGAUUCCUGAUACGGACGAGGAUGGCAAUGUUGUUUAUCCGGAGGCCAAGUUGGAAAUUGAGAAUGGGCUGCAUCAGUUGGAGACAUUGCUCGAAGCUAAUGUCGAUAAGGCGUUCGACAAGUUUGAGAUUUACGUGCUGAGGAAUAUUCUCACCGUGCCGGAGGAUUUGCUGUUCUGGGUGCGGCUUAAACAUUAUGAGGGUCUUUCAUUCGAGUCCUCACCGGAUACGCCCACGCCCGAGACCAUCCACGCGCAGCGCAAGAAGCUCCUCGAGACUCGAAAGCUAAACCGGUCAUUGAAAGACGAGUGCGCCCGGAACGAAGCCGUCAUUUCCCAACUCAAGUCUAUUCUAUCCACCGUGGAAUCUGCCAAGUCGGACGGCACUGCCGACAAAUCGCAGACAACUCCGAAGAAAGAUCUGGACCUGUCCUUCUUGACAUCCAGCCCAGCUGCACGCCAACUUCGCGUCGGCGUCGAUGCCGGUACAAAUUCCAAACACGCCCCGCUUACGACGAAUACAAACUUUAUUCUCUCGCAGCUUCCGGCAUUGCAAGCUACACUUGAGCAGUUGCGGCCCAAGUUGGCCAGCUUGCCGGCUUCCACUGUGGAGAUGGAGACUAAGUCUAAGCGGGACGAGCGGAAGGAGUACAUCGAGAGCCGGAUUAGACUGCACCUGGAACGGGCUGGGCAACUGGCCAUGGGCGAUGAUGGCAAUCCAGUCGUUGCGGGACGCCGGAUCGAUAUCUCCGAGGCGCAUGCUUUGGAGAACGUGGCCAACAUGCUUACGCAAGAACACAAAUCGUCGUAA